GACCUGUGUGGCUUAGGCGCUCUGAAUGCACUUUGCAUAAAAGGAUGUUACUGCAUCAGAGCACGCGGCAACAUCUAGCGUUCCCGGAGGCCUGGGUUCCCUGGAGUAGCUGGACAUGCUCCUGGGGCUGACUGCUCCCCACGAUGUACAGGGCAGGGGAGCCAGGGAAGAGGCCAACCCCUGGGCCUGUGUCCCCUCGUGUGCGGAGCGUGGAGGUGGCCCGAGGCCGCGCCGGCUAUGGCUUCAUGCUCUCGGGGCAGGCGCCCUGUGUGCUCAGCGGAGUCAUGCGGGGCAGCCCCGCGGAUUUUGUUGGCCUCCGUGCAGGGGACCAGAUCUUUGCCAUCAAUGAGAUCAACGUGAAGAAGGCCUCGCACGAGGAUGUGCUGAAGCUCAUUGGGGAGUGCUCUGGGGUGCUGCGCCUGGUUGUGGGCGAAGGCGCCAGCCACCCCGAGGCCUGCUCCAGCGACGAUGAGGGUGGGCUCUGCGAGGGAAAGGGCUGGCCGCGGCCCAGGCUCGGCUCCAAGGCCCUGGGAAUAAACAGGGCAGAGAGGGUUGUGGAGGAGAUGCAGUCGGGGGGCAUUUUCAGCAUGAUUUUUGAAAACCCGAGCCUUUGCAUGAGCAGCUCAGAGCCCUCAAAGGGGAAGCAAAGGUCCCUGUCGGAGUCGGCUGCGGCACGCCUGGAAGAUGGUCCCAGCACCGUGCACCCUGGCCUGCUUUCCAAGGAGUUGGCGCGAGUGAUCCCUGAUGACUCUGUCUUCAGUGCUGGCCCGGAAAACCUGGACAGCUUCACGCUAGAUGCGAGCAUCCUGAACGUGGCCAUGGUUGUCGGCUACCUGGGUUCCAUUGAACUGCCCUCCACCAGCUCUAACCUGGAGUCGGACAGCCUGCAGGCCAUCCGUGGCUGCAUGCGGCGCCUGCGAGCGGAGCAGAAGAUCCACUCGCUGGUCACCAUGAAGGUCAUGCAUGACCGCGUGCUGCUGUGCUCUGACAAGGCCUGCGUCGUGGCUGAGUACCCGGCGGAGAAGCUAGCGUUCAGUGCCGUGUGCCCGGAUGACAGGCGGUUCUUUGGGUUGGUGACCAUGCAGAUGAAUGACGAUGGGAGCCUGGCCCAGGGUGAGGAGGGUGCCCUGCGGACGUCCUGCCAUGUGUUCAUGGUGGACCCCGACCUGUUCCACCACAAGGUCCACCAGGGCAUCGCGCGGCGCUUUGGGUUCACGUGCACGGCGGACCCCGACACCAGCGGCUGCCUGGAGUUCCCAGCGUCCUCGCUGCCAGUGCUGCAGUUCAUCUCCGUGCUAUAUCGGGACAUGGGCGAGCUCAUCGAGGGUGUGCGGGCCCGGGCCUUCCUGGAUGGUGAUGCUGACGCCCACCAGAACAACAGCACCAGCAGCACUAGUGACAGCGGCCUCGGGAAUUUCAGCCAGGAGGAGAAGAGCAGUCGGGUGCUUGUGGUUGACCUGGGUAGCGGCUUGAGCAGGCCCAGCCCGGGCAGCAGUGCCAGCUGGGAAGGGGCAGGUGCCAGGGGCUCACAGGCUUGGGCUGCAUCCUGGAGCAGGCCCUUCUGCCACAGCCCCGAGGGCGCCGCUGCAUGCGAGGCUGGCCCACAGGCAGACAGGCUCCGGGACCCAAGCAAGCACCUGGGGUCAGCCUCCCACCCUGAGGGGGCCCUGGCCUCCCUGCGGAGCUCUGUCCCUCCUUCCAAGAGAGGUGCCACUGGGGCUAGCUGCGGGCUUAGCCAGAGGUGGCUGCCAGUGCACGUGCUCCAGGAGUGGCAGUGUGGCCAUGCCAGUGACCAGGAAUCUUACACGGACUCCACAGAUGGCUGGUCCAGUGUCAACUGCGGCACAUUGCCGCCCCCCAUGAGCAGGAUCCCUGCAGACCGCUACCGGGUGGAGGGGAGCUUUGCACAGGCCCCACUGAGCACCCAGAAGCGGGACUGGGCCAGGAAGGCCUUCGGGAUGCAGAACCUCUUUGGGCCUCCUCGAAAUGUCAGGAAGACCAAGGAGGACAAAAAGGGCUCCAAGUUCGGGCGGGGAGUUGGGCUUGUGCAGACAUCUCAGCGCACCUCUGCCCGGAGAUCCUUUGGAAGGUCCAAAAGGUUCAGCAUCACCCGCUCUCUCGACGACCUUGAGUCUGCAACUGUGUCUGAUGGGGAGCUGACGGGCGCUGAGCUGAAGGACUGUGUGAGUAGCAACAGCCUGAGCAGCAAUGCCAGCCUCCCCAGCGUGCAGAGCUGCCGGCGCCUGCGCGAGAGGAGGGUCGCCAGCUGGGCCGUGUCCUUCGAGCGCCUGCUGCAGGACCCUGUCGGUGUUCGCUACUUCUCUGACUUUCUGAGGAAGGAGUUCAGUGAGGAAAACAUUCUGUUCUGGCAGGCCUGUGAAUAUUUCAGUCAUGUUCCUGCACACGACAAGAAAGAGCUGUCCUACAGGGCCAGGGAGAUUUUCAGUAAGUUCCUGUGCAGCAAAGCCACCAUGCCUGUCAACAUCGACAGCCAGGCCCAGCUGGCUGACGACAUCCUCAAUGCGCCACAUCCAGACAUGUUCAAGGAGCAGCAGCUCCAGAUUUUCAACCUGAUGAAGUUUGACAGCUACACGCGUUUCCUGAAGUCCCAGCUGUACCAGGAGUGCAUCCUGGCAGAGGUGGAGGGUCGUGCCCUUCCGGAUGCCCAGCAGGUGCCCAGCAGCCCGGCUUCCAAGCACAGUGUCGGCUCUGACCACUCCAGCGCAUCUACCCCCAAAAAGCUAAGUGGGAAGUCAAAGUCAGGAAGAUCCCUGAAUGGAGAUGCAGGUGAGGAAGACAGUGAGAAGAAGCGCAGGGGGGCCUUCUUCUCCUGGUCGAGGAGCAGGAGCACCGGGCGGUCCCAGAAGAAGAGAGAGCCGGGAGGCCACCCUCAAGACGCCCUUCCCACCAAUGGAGGCCUGUGCCGCCGUGAGUCCCAGGGCUCUGUGUCAUCCGCAGGGAGUCUGGACCUGCCAGAGGCCGGCAGGACUCUGGUGCCUGAAAGAGACAAGGCUGUGGAGCACUGCUGCAUCCACCUCCCGGAUGGCACGUCCUGCGUGGUGGCUGUGAAGUCCGGCUUCUCCAUCAAAGAGAUCCUGUCUGGCCUCUGUGAGAGACACGGCAUCAAUGGGGCUGCUGUGGACCUCUUCCUGGUGGGCGGGGACAAGCCUCUGGUGCUGCAUCAGGACAGCAGCAUCCUGGCAUCAAGGGACCUGCGCCUGGAAAAGCGCACGUUGUUUCGACUGGACCUUGUCCCGAUUAACCGCUCCGUGGGACUCAAGGCCAAGCCCACCAAGCCUGUCGCGGAGGUGCUGCGGCCAGUGGUGGCCAAGUAUGGCCUGGACCUGGGCAGCCUGCUGGUGCGACUGAGUGGAGAGAAGGAGCCCCUGGACCUUGGCGCCCCAAUAUCGAGCCUGGAUGGACAACGAGUUGUCCUGGAGGAGAGGGACCCAGCCAGAGGCAGAACACCCACAGAUAAGCAGAAGGGUCCCCCGGCCAAGCCCAGCACAGCUGCCAGCUCCCGCGCCAGAGACCGCUCGGCCACGGGAGAGGAAAGAACACUAGGCAAGUCUAAUUCUAUUAAAAUAAGAGGAGAAAAUGGAAAGAAUGCUAGGGAUCCCCGGCUUUCAAAGAGAGAAGACUCUAUUGCAAAGAUUGGGAAAAAAAAAUAUCAGAAAAUUAAUUUGGACGAAGCAGAGGAGUUUUUUGAGCUCAUUUCCAAAGCUCAGAGCAACAGAGCCGAUGACCAGCGUGGGCUGCUGAGGAAGGAAGAUCUGGUGUUGCCCGAGUUUCUCCGCUUACCUCCUGGCUCCACGGAACUGCCCCUCUGCACCCUGGCUCCCGCCAAGGGCUUUAGCAAGAGACCUGAAAUGGCAGGCCGUGGCAUGGAGAAGGCAGCCCUGCCCAGUGACAGCCCGGCCACCAGCCCCGGCUCGGCCCAGAGCCCCGGCUCGACCCAGAGCCCCGGCUCGGCCCAGAGCCCCGGCUCAGUGCACAGUUCUCCUGGGCCUCCUGGGGCCACCCUGCCUGGGCAGAAGGUGCAGGAGGGCACCACGCAGGUCUGGAGGAGGCAGUCUCAGGAAAUCGAGGCCGGGGGCGUCCAGACGGAGGACGAGGCCGGGGCUGACCUGACCCUGGUGGGGGAGGGGGACAUCAGCAGCCCCAACAGCACGUUGCUGCCGCCGCCCCCCAGUCCCCAGGAUGUGCUGGGACCUCCGAGACCAGGUACCUCCGGGUUCUGACCCUGCACCCCUGGCCCUGUCCUGCCCACGGCCCUCAGUGUGGGUGCUCAGUGUCCAGUGAGGGCACAGCCAUGGUGGGCGGCCUCUGCCCCGCUCCUGCCCUCUGGGGGACGCGGCCUCCUCUGUGACAAGUGACAGCUUUGGUGCCUUCUCUGGAAGGAGGGAAGCGGUAGCAGCUGGGGCUCCCCCAGGGUGGGUCCUCGAGGGGCUCAGGCCAGAGGGGCAGUGCGGAGUGGCUCCUGUGGGCCUGCCCAGGACCUGGAAGGCAGAGCUUCGAGGCUACCAGCACGGCCAGGAUUUCUGAAAGUGGGUGUUAAUUUCUCAAACCUACGCAGCCCGCAUCUUUAGUUUUCAUCUCAAGAUGGCAGAAGCAUAGUCGUCCUGAGCGAGUCAGCCCAGCCCCCGGCCCGUGCGGGACUGCCGUGCCCUGCCGUAGCUGCCCCCUCUGUGCACUGGCACUCAGCAGGCACACCACCUCAGUGGUGCCCACUGCCCUUAGCAUGGCCGACGUUGGGAGUGGAGCUGUGACAUUUAGUGUGUGUGGCCGCGGACGAGGUGGCCAGGCGGCAGUGCUCCUGGCAGCCACUGGACGAGCAAGGCCCUCACCUGUGCAGGCCACGGCGUUCGUGGCUGGGGGGCUGCCCUUGGGAGUCAAGUGCCUUUCAGCACAGGCUUCCUAGGGCGUACAGGGUGAGGUGUCCAUACCCAGUGUCUGGGCUGUGACCUGUUGUCAGGGUGACAACAAAGGUCCCCUCCCUCACAGGGUUAGGUGGUCCCAGACACCCCAGAACUGGGUCUCAUGGGACCUCGGUGGGCCGGGGAGGCCAUUCCCAAUGCAUGUUCCCUGUAUCUGUGCACGUCGGGCUCUUUGCAGGCACAGUUGUGGGCAGUGGGCACUAGCUCUGGUGGCCACACUGUCCUCUGUGCCUGUGUAGACGCCUGUGUGUGGUUUCUACCUGUGUCCUCCAUCUGCUCUUCCAACAGUAAUAAACUCUCAUCUUUCACUGUA